GUUACAGAGGAGGGGGGCAGGUGUCAAAGAUGCAUAAGCAGAACCACGAAUGAACUAAGCAAGGAUCUGAAAGGUGUUAAGCUGUGGCGGUCUUGAAGAAUGAGCCGUCUUUAAUGGGGGCGAUGAAGAGGGGAAGGCCACUAUAAGCAGGUUGUGAGUAGGGAGCAAUAGGAACAACAUAUUUACUUUGCAAUAGGGAAUGAAAACUUCAUACUGGUGUUUAAUGGUGAUGAAUUUAUACUGGUGAUCAAUUAACCAAAUGAUAACGUUUUGUCAUCAACUCCUGGAUGAUCUAAAGGAAUCUUUGCCCCUGCGGGUUUUAGAGAAACCCGUUAACGUGAACCAAGUAUAUCAGCUCAAACCCAUUCUUCAUACGUGAGCCCGGCCUAUGACCAUUUUCGGUAAGAAGCGAGGCUGACUGAUUGAUCUACUGCACAUUUUUUUAUCUAUGAUAGCAUCGGUCCUGUGGAUGUUGCAGUAGGGACGGAACCGGCACGAAUUGUCCGUCUACCAUGCGGUUAGACAUGUUUAUAGAAUAAAACAUGUCCUAAAAAUUGAGAUGGUCGGUGAUAUUUGGGAAAAUAUUCACUCUUGGAAAUGAUAUAGUCAUAUGAGUCUUUAUUUUUCGUGUCCUUCAGAUCGAAAAUUGUCGCAGGUACUCCCGAACUGAUGGACGGUGCCGUUAUCUAUGUCCCAUUUAAUCUGGAAAGUGGCAUUCAAUUCCUUAUUUGGUUAAACUGCACUGCAAAUGCGCGUUUUCAAGUUUGUUUCCUUUUUUUCUCGUCUCUGUGUCGCAAUUCGUAAUCAUUUACUGUGCAGUUUAAUCAAAUAAUGAAUAAUCACCUUGACCAAUUCCGACUACUGGUACCCUUCAGUUUUAGUUUUGCUACGCGAAUGCGAUGAUAUUUUAGGGUAAAUGUCGUCACUUUGUGUUGGCGACUGUUUAUUAACCCACAUUCUUCUAAACCUUGCAGGCAGAAGUAUCCCGAAAUCAUCUUAACUGGAACGGAAGUGGGGGCUAGGAAAGAGGGCCAGCCACCAACCAGUCAACCUUUGGCAGUGCCAGAGUUUUGUGCUACCUUUUCUUAGAUGAAUGAGACCGACAAGUCGGAUCAGAUAGGGAAUGACCACAGCUCAUCCAACUACAUGCUACAUUUCCAUCCCCUUCCCUACUUUUGUCCGCCGCGCACCAUGUUUGUUCUGCUGACGUGUAAUUCUCAAGACCUAUAGCGGUGUUAUACCGUACAGUUGUUGUUUUUGUAGCAUGCCUGCAUUUUUUCAGCACUAGAGAGCAGGAGCGCUGUAACUAAGCCACGCUCCUUUCUCGUACCCAGUUGUGUCUUCCUCGAUUAGUGUUGGACUGUAUUGACGGAAUCAAAGUAAAACCUUUGAAGCACGUUCUUCAAAGUAAAACCUUUGAAGAACGUGCUUAAUAGAUGAAUGUCCGCUUUUAUGUUUCAUUCACGUACAUGUUUUACAAUCGUCUUUUUCGUUAUGUUCAAUAUCCAGUUAUGAUGCGCUUGAUUGUUCGUGAUAUGAUUAUUUUGCCUUUUGAAUUACACCGCAAUAUGAAAGUAAACCCCUGACUUUCUCUACUUCAUCUGCACGACGAGUCUCUGUUUGCUUGUUUCUUGACUUUGUUCUGGUAUGGCUUCUGUGUUGGUGUAGUAUAAAUUAAAAAAAGAAACUAAAGAAAAUUUUAUUUUCACUUUUAAGAGAACUUUCCCUCGCAGCAUUGGACUACGAAUGGCAGAGACUGGACUGCGAGAACAGGGGAUCGGAGCCCUUCCAAGGAGCCGAUUUGCAGAGGCAACCAUUGAAGAUGGACCAGGAGGGGAGGACGGACGGCGGUGCGACUUCUUCCCCCAAUCUUACGGUGCCCACAGAACUAACAACACCAGACUGGAACGAAGAAUACUACGGCGACAAAGUGGAUAUCUUUGGCCGUGACAGCGACAGAUGUGGCACCGCUCGCCAAACCAACGGGUCGGACCCACAGAAGCCGCAAACGCACCGACAACAGGACAAGCGCCCGUGCCGCUUCUGUCCUUACUCCACCUCUUCCGCAACGGCUGUCUCCAUCCACGAGAGGACUCACACUGGCGAGAGGCCCUUCAGUUGCGGCGUCUGCAAGAAAACGUUCACGAGUAAGACUAACUUGACAGCUCACGUUAGAAUUCACACCGGAGAGAAGCCGUUCAAGUGCAACACGUGCAGCAGGGCGUUUAGUCAUAAAUGGAGCCUGGCGAAUCACGAAAGAAUUCACACCGGAGAGAAGCCGUUCAAGUGCAACACGUGCAGCAGGGCGUUUACUAUGAAAUGCACCUUGGCGGAACACGGGAGGACUCAUACUGGAGAGAAGCCGUACAGGUGCGAGACCUGCAGUAGAGCGUUCGCGGCUUAUAGCAGUUUACACACUCAUCGGAAGAUACAUCGCAAGUGAUCGAAACCCUCACGUGAACUAUAGCUGUGGAGGUAAUUUAAACGAAAUACUCAAGCUCCGACGUGUGUUUAUUUCAUUUGGGGAUACACCUGCAGGGGUUCUACUUGCGAGCGGUGUAGGUUUCGCAUUGUUUUAAAUAUUUCAGCCUGUUAUUUAUUGUGUAAUGACAGAUAAAAAUGUAAAUAUACCUUAGAAAAGACGGCAACGUUUCUUUUUGUGCACAAAAAGUGUAUGCAAAAAGUACUGGAAGCACAGUAUCUUUUUUUGUAAUUUAGAGUCAUUAAUCACAUGCUGCACCAGGAGUCUCUGAAUUGUCUGUUGGGUCGUUUAUCUUGCUUACAAACGGCCUACUCAUAUCCAAAAAUACUAAAUAAUAAAAUAACUGAGGUCUUUCAAGAGCAACAAUCUUAAGUUAAUGUAGAAGUUAAAAAGUAUAAGAAGAACAGAGUGAAGUGGAAGGGGCCAGCACAAAUUCAGUAUAUGAAAAUAAAGUAUAUUGAAAACUACUUAACACAUUAAGCUGGAAACUAAUGCUUGGCGCAUAGGACUGGAACAGCAUAUGCAAUACUCAAAGAAUUAGGAAUGCAAUGUUAUUUCCUAUCACAUAUUUCUUAAUUAUCUUAGACCUUUUUUUACCGGAUUGAGUUUUUGAAUUUUGAUGACAUCAUUCAAUGUGUGGUUGCAACAUGAAAUACUUCUAUUGGAAAGUAAACAUAUUCGACAGAAAUCUGCCUG